AUGACUACUUCCAACGGUGCUACAAACGGCUCUAAUGGCCACACUGGCCCUCGCCGCCCGCUUCCCACGGGUAUUUACGCCCCUGUCAUGACCUUUUUCGACCCCGAAACUGAGGAUCUCGACAUCCCCGUCAUCAAGAAGCACACGGUGCGACUGGCCAAGGCUGGCCUUGCUGGUCUCGUGACCAUGGGCUCCAACGGCGAGGCCGUCCACUGCACCCGCGAGGAAAAGGUUGCUGUCACUCAGGCCACCCGAGAAGCCUUGGACGAGGCCGGUUUCGAGUCUACCCCUAUCGUCUUUGGCGCCACCGAGGGCAGCGUCAGGGGCACCAUCGAGUUGUCCAAGUUGGCCUACGCUGCCGGCGCUGACUACACUCUUGUCCUUCCCCCCUCUUACUACCGUGCCCAGAUGGACGAGGAGGCCAUCUACAACUACUUCAUCGACCUCGCCGACGCCAGCCCCAUCCCCAUCAUCCUGUACAACUACCCUGGCGCCGUCUCUGGUGUCGACAUGGACAGCGAUUUCCUCAUCAAGCUCGCCAAGCACCCCAACAUCAUCGGCACCAAGUUCACAUGCGGUAGCACCGGCAAGCUCACCCGAGUGGCGGGCGCAAAGGACGCCAAGACUCCCUUCAGCGAAGGCUCUGGCUACAUGGCCUUUGGUGGUAUCGCCGACUUCACCAUCCAAACUCUCGUCAGUGGCGGCAGCGGAAUCAUUGCUGGCGGCGCCAACGUAAUGCCCAAGACAUGCGUGCACGUCUGGGACCUGUACGUCAAGGGCAAGCGGGAAGAGGCCGAGGCUCUCCAGAAGAAGCUGUCCAAGGGUGACUGGGUGCUCACCAAGGCUGCCAUCGCCGGCACCAAGUCGGCCAUCCAGAGCUACUUUGGCUACGGCGGAUACCCCCGACGGCCCCUCAAGAGGCUGUCUCCUGAGCAGACCAAGGCGAUCGAGGAGGGUGUCCGUGAGAUCAUGGAGAUUGAGAACUCGCUAUGA